AUGAACAGCACCAAUCUUGACGCCGAAAGGCUCAAGCGCGUCUUUGGGCCUCGCCAAGACAUCAUUGAUGGCAUUGGCAGAGCAGCUGAUUCUCCCGGCAGGAUAGCUCUGUUCAACGAGAUUGCGGCGCACGUCAACGAUCAUUAUGCUCAAAACGAGGGCCCCGCUCAGAAGAAGCGCAAGGUGGACAGCAACGGAACUACCAGUGGCGUGAAAACCGAGGGAAACGCAGGAGCUCCAGCAAACGAAGAUCUUUUGCUCGUUGUAAAGGAGAUAUCCGUGUCCGUGCCCCAGAGGAAGAAAUUCGAAAUAUGCUUCACCCAGAACUGGCUGUACGCUCGAGCGCCCGGGUCGACAGAUCCUCUACCGAACAUAUGCUAUCAAUUGUCGGAAAUAGAAUAUGCAUUCUACCUUCCGGUUCCUGAGAAGACCCAAGUGCAACACAACUUUGUUCUAUUUCCCCGAGAAACGUCUGUCCCUGGGAAGGAAGGCAACGAAAAAGAACCACUCGUCUUCACAGUUCCCGCAACGGCACCAAAGGAGGGCACGAUUGGCGGUCAAGAGGCUGCGCAGGCCUCUUCCGUUUCGGAUACAUACAAAGGCCUAUUCUUUUGGGCCUUGAAUAGACGCUUUGCAUCGGCCGGCAAUUCUGUCCAGAUUACGUCUUCCGAUCCGAACAAGUUCCACAGUGUCAUCAAACAACCACACAGGCCGAGCGAACGAGCGGUCCAUAUCAGUGCUUACAGGGGAAGCAAGGACGGGUACCUCUUCUUCUUAGAAAACGGCAUAUUCUGGGGGUUCAAGAAACCUCUGAUCUUCAUCCCUCUCAAUCGGAUCUUUGCGAUCAGCUACACGAGCAUCCUGCAGAUGACCUUCAACAUUGUUGUCGAGGUCCUGACGGGCGAUGGGGACGAGACACAAGAGUUCGAAUUCGGCAUGAUCGACCAGCAAGACUACGGCGGCCUCGCAGAUUACAUUGCCAAGAAUCGUUUGCAAGACAGAAGCAUGGCCGAUCAGCGGAAAGCAAAACUGCAACUUGCCGAAAACAGGAACGGCAAGAAAGGGGCUAAUGGCGAAGAUCCUGCGGCCCCCGCAGAUCAGGCCGAAGAUGCUGCUGGCGGCGAUGGCAUGACGGAGCUGCAGCGUGCGCAGCUGGAGGCCGAGCAGCUUGCGCAGGAUGAAGAAGACGAGGACGAGGAAGACUAUGAUCCGGGCAGCGAAGGAGAGAGCGAAGGUUCUGGUUCCUCGAGCGAGGAAGACGACGAUGACGAGAAUGCACAAGGCAACGACGAUGAUGGCGAGGAUGUUGACGAAGUUUCCGCGGAGGAAGAGGGUGGCCAAGAGGAAGAGGCCCCCGACACUAAGGGAACCAUGCCACUGCGGUCAGGAAGGUCGGCGUUGAAGAAAUGA